AUGCCUGCUGGACCCGUGCAGGCGGUGCCUCCUCCGCCGCCCGUGGCCAUCAAGCCCAAACAGUCAACAGAAGAAGAAGCAUCCUCAAAGGAAGAUUCUACCCCAUCCAGGCCAGUGGUGGGGAUCAUUUACCCUCCUCCAGAGGUCAGGAACAUUGUCAACAAGACUGCCUCCUUUGUGGCCAGAAAUGGGCCUGAAUUUGAAGCUAGGAUAUGACAAAACGAGAUCAACAACCCCAAGUUCAACUUUCUGAACCCCAGUGACCCUUAUCAUGUAUACUACCACCACAAGGUCAGCGAGUUCAAGGAGGGGAAGGCUCAGGAGCCCUCGGCUGCCAUCCCCAAGGUCAUGCAGCAGCAGCAGUAGCAAGCCACCCAGCAGCAGCUGCCCCAAAAGGUCCAAGCCCAGGUGAUCCAAGAGACCAUUGUGCCCAAAGAGCCCCCUCCUGAGUUUGAGUUUGUUGCGGAUCCCCCCUCCAUCUCAGCCUUUGACCUGGAUGUGGUGAAGCAGACGGCUCGGUUUGUGGCUUGGAAUGGGCGCCAGUUUCUGACACAACUGAUGCAGAAAGAACAGCGCAACUACCAGUUUGACUUUCUUUGCCCGCAGCACAGCCUCUUCAACUACUUUACAAAGCUGGUGGAGCAGUACACCAAGAUAUUUAUUCCACCUAAAGGCUUACUUGCAAAGCCCAAAAAAGAAGCGGAGAAUCCCCGUGAAGUUCUGGAUCAGGUGUGCUACUGAGUGGAGCGGGCCAAGUUACAGGAGCAGGAGAGGAAGAAGGAGGAAGAGGAGAAGGAGAAAGAGCGGGUGGCCUAUGCUCAGAUCGACUGGCAUGAUUUUGUCAUGGUGGAAACAAUGGAUUUCCAGCCCAAUGAACAAGGGAACUUCCCUCCUCCCACCACCCCCGAGGAGCUGGGGUCCUGCAUCCUCAUUCAGGAACGCUAUGAGAAGUUUGGGGAGAGCGAGGAGGUUGAGAUGGAGGUCGAGUCUGAUGAGGAGGACGAGAAACAGGAGAAGGCAGAGGAGCCUCCUUCCCAGCUUGACCAGGACACCCAAGUGCAGGACAUGGAUGAGGGUUCAGAUGAUGAAGAAGAAGGGCAGAAAGUGCCCCCACCCCCAGAGACACCCAUGCCUCUGCCUCUGCCCCCAACUCCAGACCAGGUUAUUGUCCGCAAGGACUAUGACCCCAAAGCUUCCAAGCCAUUGCCUCCAGCCCGCGCCCCUGAUGAGUAUCUCGUAUCCCCCAUUACUGGGGAGAAAAUCCCUGCCAGCAAAAUGCAGGAGCACAUGCUCAUUGGGCUGCUCGACCCCCGCUGGCUGGAGCAGCGGGACCGCUCCAUCCGCUAGAAACAGAGCGAUGAUGAGGUGUAUGCACCAGGCCUGGAUAUCGAGAGCAGCUUGAAACAGUUGGCUGAGCGCCGUACUGAUAUCUUCAGUGUGGAAGAAACUGCCAUCGGUAAGAAGAUUGGUAAGGAGGAGAUCCAGAAGCCAGAGGAAAAGGUGACUUGGGAUGGCCACUCAGGCAGCAUGGCCUGAACCCAGCAGGCUGCCCAGGCCAAUAUCACCCUCCAAGAGCAGAUUGAAGCCAUUCACAAGGCCAAAGGACUGGUGCCAGAAGAUGACACCAAAGAGAAGAUUGGGCCCAGCAAACCCAAUGAAAUCCCCCAGCAGCUACCACCUCCAUCCUCAGCCACCAACAUCCCCAGCUCAGCCCCACCCAUCACCUCAGUGCCGCCUCCAGUCCGCACCACAGUGGUGUCUGCCGUGCCCGUCAUGCCCUGGCCCCCAAUGGCAUCUGUGGUCUGCUUGCCCCCAGGCUCUAUGAUUGCCCCCAUGCUGCCCAUUAUCCACGCGCCCAGGAUCAACGUGGUGCCCAUGCCUCCCUCAGCCCCACCUAUUAUGGCGCCCCUCCCACCCCCCAUGAUUGUGCCAACAGCCUUUGUGCCUGCUCCCCCUGUGGCACCGGUCCCAGCUCCGGCCCCAAUGCCCCCUGUCCACCCUCUGCCUCCAAUGGAAGAUGAGCCUACCUCUAAGAAACGGAAGACGGAAGACAGCCUCAUGCCUGAGGAGGAGUUCCUGCGCAGAAACGAAGGUCCAGUGUCCAUCAAAGUCCAGGUACCCAACAUGCAAGAUAAGACAGAAUGGCAACUAAAUGGGCAGGUGCUGGUUUUCACCCUCCCGCUCACAGACCAGGUCUCCGUCAUCAAGGUGAAGAUUCACGAAGCCACAGGCAUGCCUGCAGGGAAACAGAAGCUGCAAUAUGAGGGCAUCUUCAUCAAGGAUUCCAACUUACUGGCAUACUAUAACAUGGCUAAUGGUGCCAUCAUCCACCUGGCCCUCAAGGAGAGAGGCGGGAGGAAGAAGUAG